CCGAACGCUGUUCAACUCGAUGUGGGGCUCGAUGUGGAACAACCACGCCCACCUCGGCAUCCUCGGCUUGAUUGCCACUCGUUAUCUCACGUGGCAUCCGGCUAUAACCGCCAUUGCCCUUGGCACUUUGCAGGCUCCAACAUUACAUUUCGCCUCUCUAUCUCCUCCAACACCCCCCCUCCCUGUGCUUUGUCAACCGGCGACCUGCGCCAUGCAUCUCUUCACUGUUCCUCUUUAUCGCCCCGAACUCCGCCUUGGUCACAAUUUUCGGCUUCGGACAGCAACCCGAGAUUGUGAGCGCUCGCUGGGCGUGCCGUAGCCGAGAGCGAGAGGGAGCGAGGGGACCGGCGAGCGACACCGGCGGCCCCGUGGGACUUCAUAUCGGCGCGGGUCAUUUGUUCGCGCCGGUGAUAUAAGACGGCGCGAUGGGCUGGACGAUGGGCUUCCUCCAGCAGCCGACAGCGAACCGAAAGAUGAAGAACGAGAACCCCUCAACAACCAAGAUCGACGCCAUCGACGCCCUCGACACGGUCAAGUCGACCGACGACAUCGAGGACGGCAAGCGCGCACCCGAGACUGACGGCGUGUUCGGCGACCUCGACGAACACGCAAAGGAGUACCGCUCCGUCACGGCCAUCGGCGCGUUCGUGCUCAUGACCAAGGCAAACUUGGGCAUGGGCGUGCUGGGUCUCCCGGCCGUGUUCCACACGGUCGGCCUGAUCCCGGGGUACAUCCUCCUCAUCUCCAUCUGCGCGCUGAUGACCUACACCGUCAUGGUCAUCGGGCCGUUCAAGCGUAACCACCCCCAGUGCUACUCUGUCGCCGACGCCCUCUUCCUCAUCUGGGGCAAGGUCGGACGCGAGAUCAUGAGCGUGCAGUUCGUGCUUGGCAAGACGUUCGUGGUCGCCGGCGCACUCGUCUCUGUUUCCACUGCGCUCAACGCCGUGUCCGUCCAUGGCGCCUGCACGGCCGUCUUCAUCGCCGUCGCUGCCGUCGUUGGCUUCCUCCUCUCCUCCAUCCGCACACUACACAAGCUCACGUGGCUCGCGUGGGUUGGCCUCGUCUCCAUCGUGGCCGCGCUCCUCAUCGUCACCAUUGCCGUCGGUAUCCAGGACCGCCCGGCCGCCGCGCCUCAGACUGGGCCUUGGGACAAGAACUUCAAGAUCAUCGGCCACCCCACCUUCACGCAGACUAUGACGUCCGUGACAACUGUUAUUUUCGCCUACGCCGCGACCCCCGUCUACUUCUCCAUCCUGUGCGAGAUGAAGGAGCCGCGCAAGUACCAGCGCACAAUGGUCAUCUCCAUGUGGCUCUGCUGCGCCUGCUACCUCGCGAUUGGAACAGUCAUGUACUACUACUGCGGACAGUACAUCUCGUCUCCCAGUCUCGGAUCGGCUGGUCCCCUCGUCAAGCGCAUCUCGUACGGCGUCGUUCUGCCUGCACUGCUGGUCACGCUGUGUCUCUACGCGCACAUCACCGCCAAGUUCCUUUUCGUCCGCAUCCUCGUCGGCACGCACGACCUCUCGCACCCCACCAAGAAGCACUGGGCCGUGUGGCUCGGCGUCAACUUUGCCAUCAUGGCCGCGAGCUACAUCCUCGCGUCGGCCAUCCCCAUCUUCUCCCUCAUUGUCAGCUUCAUCGGCGCCAUCUGCAGCACGCCAGGCACACUUCUUCCGUUCCCCCUCAUGUGGUGGUACGACUCGUGGCGCGGCAAGACGUGGGCCGAACGCAACAAGUGGGCGGGCGCGCUCAACUUGUUCAUUGUGGUCCUCGCCUUUGUCAUCAUCGUCUCGGGCACGUACAGCGGCAUCGUCGAGUUGAUCAAGGCGCAGGCCAAGAACGGCCCGUGGACGUGUAACGACAACUCAAACUCGGUGAAGAAGUAG